AUGGGCAACGACAACCUCGACGCUGAGCCGGAAAAGGAGGAACGAUUGGAAAACACGAACAUUGAACUUGCGUCAACGGAAAAUGAAACGCCAGCCUUUGACCCAUUCGAAGACAGCAAUGUAGUAUACUAUCACAAAAGGUUCACCUACGAGUCUCCGUCGAAGGAUAGCAAGUACUUUUUCGAGAUUAAGAGGUACAGGCAGCCGAGCUCUGAGACCACGCUGCCCGAGACCCUCAACAAAAUUCAGAGUGAGAUUGGAGGCGAGUUUAACGGGUCGGCCAGAGACCAUUUUGAGUCAUUCUUUAGAACGCCACUCUACGUGCGGUUUAAGCGGAUUAUGAGACACCACCUCAACGAUUUCGAGAGCGUAAAACCAGUGGUGUACUCAAACGGGGAGGAAAGUAAGAAGGAGAAGGCCAGGUCGGAGCCAUUCUGGGUGGUCUUGACGAAGACGGCUCCGGCCUUUUUCAGCAACGCCUUCAUUGCAGUAUGCGGAUCAGUGUUUGCGCUCUGGAAACUCGCAGAAAACACAGUCAGUCAGAAAUUCACCGACUUCAUGUCGAACCACUUUGUGGCCUCAUACGAGGCGAUUAAAGCAAAAAGAUAUCACACACUCAUUACGUCAGCCAUAAGUCACACAUCUUUCUUGCACUUUGGACUCAAUUGCAUGUUUUUUCACCAGCUAAUGAAGACGUUCCACAACAAUAUGGCCUUUCAGACCCCUCCGGUCAAUUCAACAAUUCAAUCGUUCGCCAGGAGUUUCUUCUCAGCAAACCACGUUUUCCCAGGAAGCUACCCUGUGAAGAUGAAGAAGGCGGGGGCAGUCAACACCAACGACAUCUUCAACGUCCUGCUCUUGUCGGCAGUCCUGUCAAGUCUGGGCCACGUCCUGAUGUAUAAGACGCCGGUGGUGGGAGCGUCGGGAGCAAUUUCAGGGCUUAUGUACCUCCUGGCAGCCACGUUUCCGAACACAUACUUCAAAACAGUCUUCCCGCUCCCAGGAAUGAACCUGAGCAUACUGCAGAUCGGACAGCUCUUCCUGGCCACCAACCUGUACUUCCUGAUGUACGUCAAGGGAUCGAACAUAGCGUGGGCGGCGCACCUCUUCGGAAUGGCCGGAGGAGCACUGUACUGCCUGUUCCAGCAGUACGUUAACAGGAGGCCGGGAUUCUACAACCCGAUCCUGCUCUCAAUCAAGACGGCGAAGGGACAGUGGAAGAGAACGUUUAAGCGCUUUUUCAACAACACAAACUAG